GGAGAUCGCGAACGGGGAACAGGCAACGGCGGACUAAGCUUCUUGUUGUACAGUGAACUACAUAGCACACACGUUUCAGUCGAGGACCCUCGUCCUGUAAUUACGGGCCCACAAUUGUACGGUAAACCCAUCUUCUCAACUUUCUGACGAUAAUGUUCGGUUGGGGAGGCAAGAAGAAGGCCGACGGCGGGAACACCCCAAAGCCCAAACAGGCCGCAGCUCCUCUCUCCACCGGUUAUGACCCGUCCGACUUCGACGACGACAUCGAGGCGCCCGAACUCUCCGAGUCGGACCUCAACGACCCCGCCCUCUUAGCCGAACUCCAGCAACUAGCGGGAGCAUCCAAACCGAAAAAGGCAGCCUUACCGCCGCCACCGCCGGCACCUGCGAAGCGGAAACCGGCGCCAGCGCGACCGGCGGCUGAAAAUGAUGGGGUGGAUGUGGAGGCGGUGUUGGCUGGUGUGGAUUUUGGAAGCGAUGAUGUGGAGGUGCAGUUCGAUGAGUCGGAUAUGAGAGAUCCGGAACUGCUGGCUGCUUUGCGGGCUAUGGGCGGCGCUGACUCCGCUAGUGAUGCGGAGGAUGAGAGCCCCGUCUCGCCUGGAUCAGAUGCAUCACGUAUCAGCGAUGGAGACAACUCGCCGGUGUCGGACAAACCUAUGCCGAAAGCCCAACCACAUGUACCAAAGACUCCCGAGCGCAAGUCAUCUUUACAUGCCCCACCACCACCACAACAUCAUGUGGGGCCGGUUGAGACCCAGCUAUCCGAGGAAGCACUUGCUUCAUCGCAAGAGGAAGAAACACUUCCCUUGGAAUACAGACUGAAAUCCAAAGACGUUACGGUGUUGGCCAAAUACGUGCAAUUGGAAAAGAUCAAAGCCCUAAACAAGAAGCGGGCUGGAGAUCGGGAAGGCGCCGUUCAGUCCUUGAGAGACUCGAAAGCGCUCGAGCAGCGCCUACAGCAGGUCACCGAUGCCAUCGAGCGAAAGGAGGCACCUCCUUCGUAUCAACCACCAACUACGACGGUCAAUGAGUUCUCACCUCCACCACAACCCAUUGCAGUCACCAAGAGCAACAUAUCCAUCUCCGUCACACCUCAAGCCGUGGAACCAGGGACCACGGCAGAGGCGCCUCCAGAAGUGCAGCUGUCCGUGUCAUCGGAAAACGUGGAUUUGUCCAAUCAGCUCCCAACAUCUACUCUGACAUUGGAAGCUCUGACGAGGCGACAACUGGAUUACAAACGACAUGCUUUGGAGGCCAAGAAAGCAAACGAUCUCGGACGUGCCCGUGAGUUCCUAACCGUCGCGAAGCUGAUGCAGGAUCCGAUCGACUCGUUGUCCAUCGGUGUGGGGUUGCCGGAUGGCUAUCAUCUCCCACCGCCGCCUUCGGAGAUGCCUAUCACACAACCUGCGGAGGAGGCCAAGCCAGCGGCCGCAAGUACCCCUGUCAAAACGCCACAGAAAGCGGGCAUGAAAGCGUCCGCAACAAACCAAACUCCAACGAAGAAUAAUGGCACGCCGGGCAAAGACGCUCCCCACACACCCCUAGGGGUCGUCGUCCGCGAAACCAUCGACCUAGGCAACAUCUCCCACCCCACCUCCUCCGCCUCCCCCACCAUCAAAUCCGGCGCCGACCUCUUCCAACACAUCGAAACCGCCCUCGAAUCCCAAAUCGCAACCUGCACAACCGUUGCGGCACACUACUACAAGCAAACCAAGAAAAACGAAGCGCUAACCUUCCACAAGAUGAAAAAGGGCCUCCAAACCGAUCUGGAUACCCUCCGCGUGCUCAAAGCGACGCCGAACGCCCAGGCGCCCGCGUUCAAGUACACGAUUUUGCGGUAUGAGAUCGAGCAGGCGAUACCUGAGAUUGCGCCGGAUGAGAUGGAGAUGCAGAUUGUGCGGGCGUGGGAUUUGGGAAGUAGGGAGGUGAAGAGUGAGGAUGUGGAAAGUCUUGUUGCUUUUGAUCUGGGGUGGCCGGUUGAUGAGGCGACCUCGGAGACGGCGGCGGAGGGGAAGGGAGAGACGGGGACUGUGAAGCGGAAUGCUGCGCCGGAAUAUGCCUUCUCCCGAAAAGUAAAGAUCGCCCGAACGCGGGGGUUCCAGCGGUAUCUUGAACGCAAGAAAGCUACAUUCGAGGUAUUCCACUACCAGCGGGGGUUCCUGCUCCUCGGGAAACGCGUGUCGCUCGGGCGAAUACAGGUGAAGAUGGAGCCGCUACUCACAAAGUGCGAGGUUCAUGAGAUCGCAGAACUGGUCGACGCCGCCAAUCCCCGCCGCACAACAGGCGGCAAGAUCGAAGUCCGGCUCCGUCUGCGCAGCCCCAUCAGCAAACCCGACGUGGUCGUCAAGGAAGAACGAUGGCUGACCAUCGACUUCAGCGGCGGCGCGGGCACGAAUGUCGUCACGACCCCCGUCUCUGCUUCCUCGGACGCCAGCCCGCUCUCAAUCACCUCCCCGGAGGGCCUCUCGCCCGCGUCAGCGUCCCCAGCGAAACCCAAACCGGCUCGCGCGCCGUCACCUAACCACCUAACACCCGCCGGGCCACAAGCACCCUCAUCGGCUCAACCGCCAAAACGCCAGCCCUCGCCUCAAACCCAACAGCAGACCCAACAACCACCCCGCGCAAACACCCCAUCCCCGCAAACCCCCACCCCCACCGCCGGGACCACCGAAGACACCACCGACCUCGAACUCCAAUUCGCGUCCCCGGACACCCUCGUCUCCAACGCCGUCCUCGAAAAGGAGCUCGAAUCCGUCACCCACCAGAUCCUCGCUCUCCAAAAACAGCCCUCCUCCCCGACAACGACGUCCACCCUCGAAGACCUCCAGGACAAGAAGCUCGCGUACGAAUUACGCAUGAACAUGCUUGUGCUCCGUGUGCAGGGCGGGUUGAGUAUGGAUGGUUAUGUGAAUGAGGUCAAGAAGGCGAUUGGGGAGACGACGAGGAUGGCGCAGGCGUUUAAGAGGGCGGGGAAGGUGGAGUUGGCGCGGCAGGCGUUGAUGAGGGUUAAGUGGAUGAGGGCGGAGGUGGAGGAGGUGGAGGCGGCGUUGGCGGAGGGGUGAGAGGGAGGGUUAGGUGCGUCGGGACGUGACCUGGUCAACUUACAAGUAAGGGGAUCGAAACCAACGUCCAAAAGACUCGAAUUUGAUUUUCAUCUCUCGAAAGGGAUCAAAUUGCUCCUUCGCAUUGCUACCGCCGCCAGUCUCACAAGAACGCCGUUGUUCUCCAUUUCCAA